UUUAAAACCAGACUAACAGGUUUUAACCUGCCCUAAAACGAGGAAAAUGAAGAAAUCUGGCUUGUGGGCAUUGUAAAACUCCUAAAACUCCAGUCCGGGCUCUGGGCGGCUACAACGUACCUACCUCUGAAGACAAGGUCCUCCAGGGAGCCUGGCCCACAGGAGAAGCCAGAGGAAGUGCCAUGGCCAGAUCCGGAGGGGAUGUGGAGCUCCAGGCUUUUCACAGGACUGAAAGGGGACGGGUCUUGUGCUUGCCCGGCCCCGCCACGCCCACACGGGGGCAGUCUGCUACUUUAAUUUGAGGAAACUUGGCGGGAAAAUGGUCCUGGGAGCGUUAAGAGCAGCGAAAGGUCCCCACCCACGGACUCCUGAGCUAAGGUUUGCACAGCCGCCAUGAGUUACAUCAAUCUGCCCACCGUGCUGCCCAUCUCCCCCAGCAAGACCCGGGGGCAGAUCCAGGUGAUUCUCGGGCCCAUGUUCUCAGGGAAAAGCACCGAGCUGAUGAGAAGAGUCCGGCGCUUCCAGAUCGCCCAGUACAAGUGCCUGGUCAUCAAGUAUGCCAAAGACACGCGCUAUAGCAACAGCUUCUCCACGCACGACCGGAACACCAUGGACGCGCUGCCAGCCUGCAUGCUCCAGGAUGUGACCAAGGAGGCCUUGAGUGUGUCUGUCAUUGGCAUCGAUGAGGGGCAGUUUUUCCCUGACAUUGUGGAAUUCUGCGAAACGAUGGCCAAUGAAGGCAAGACAGUGAUUGUGGCGGCGCUGGAUGGAACCUUCCAGAGGAAGGCUUUCGGUAGCAUCUUGAACCUGGUGCCCCUGUCCGAGAGUGUGGUGAAGCUCACCGCUGUAUGCAUGGAGUGCUUCCGAGAAGCUGCCUACACCAAGAGGCUGGGCCUGGAGAAAGAGGUGGAGGUGAUUGGUGGAGCAGACAAGUAUCACUCUGUGUGCCGCCAAUGCUACUUUAAGAAGCCUUCAGCACAGACUGCUGUGCUAGACAACAAAGAGAACUGCCCGGUGCUGGGGCAGUCUGGAGAGGCCUCGGCUGUCAGGAAGCUCUUUGCCCCUCAGCAAGUCCUACAGUACAACUCUGCCAACUGAGAGGACCUGAGGCCUGCCAGCUCCUACCCCAGGUUGGACUCUCAGAGAGCAGGGGGAGGGGCAGGGCCUGCCGUUCCUAAUGGACACUGUGCCCUGGACAGGCUUGUCAUCCGCUUGGUGAAGCCUUUUAGUUCUCUUCUUGGUUGCUCAGAUGCCUCAGCGCAGACUGGAGCCCAGACCCUGCCUGGUAGCUAGGGUCCCACAUUCAGUCAAAGGUGAGGACAGAGCUGCCCAGCAUUGUGACACUGAUGGUGCUAGCUUCUUCCUUGUUGGUGGCUUUCACGGCUGGUUUCAGUCUCAGAGCCCCACCCCUUACCAAGGCUCCAGCCCUUGCACAACGCCCCCAUUUGUGCCUAAACAUGACCUAGGCUGCCACUGUGUCCCCCAGAACUAGCCUUUGACGUGAGCCAAGAGAGGAUGUCUCUCGUGCUUCGUUGUGCAAAAUGAACAAUAUUAAAGCUUACCACUUAAUGAGAA